CGGAAGUGCUUCCGGGGCGCGCUCUGCCGCCGCUUCCGGUGGGGGAAAGGGUUGGGAGGGGUAGCGCCGCCGCCGCCGCCAUGGGGAAGUCGGAUUUCCUCAGCCCCAAGGCCAUCGCCAACCGCAUCAAGUCCAAGGGGCUGCAGAAGCUGCGCUGGUACUGCCAGAUGUGCCAGAAGCAGUGCCGCGACGAGAAUGGCUUCAAAUGUCAUUGCAUGUCUGAGUCCCACCAGAGGCAAUUGCUGCUGGCUUCUGAAAAUCCUCAGCAAUUCAUGGAUUACUUCUCUGAGGAAUUCCGAAAUGAUUUCCUAGAACUGCUCAGGAGGCGUUUUGGAACGAAGAGAGUGCACAAUAAUAUUGUAUACAAUGAAUAUAUCAGUCAUCGAGAGCACGUCCACAUGAAUGCUACGCAGUGGGAGACACUGACUGAUUUUACUAAAUGGUUGGGUAGAGAAGGUCUUUGCAAGGUUGAUGAGACUCCAAAAGGCUGGUAUAUCCAAUAUAUUGAUAGGGACCCAGAGACUAUCCGUAGGCAGCAAGAACAAGAGAGGAAGAAGAAACAGGACCUUGAUGAUGAAGAAAAAACUGCUAAAUUCAUUGAAAAACAAGUUAGAAGAGGUUUGGAGGGCAAGGAACUGGAAAAGCCAGUCUAUACUGAGCUGAACAGGGAAAAUGAAGAAGAAAAAGUUGCAUUUAAUUUAAACAAAGGAGCAAGUACUUCAAUAGCAGCAUCUUCUAAAACAAGCAGUGUCCUUGGACCAAAUGCACUGAAGAUGGUGGAAGGGGCAGUUAAAAGAAAAGAAUCUUCUCAUAGCUCUGGUCAGUCCAAAGAGAAAAAGAAGAAAUCCGCACUGGAUGAGAUUAUGGAGCUUGAAGAAGAGAAGAAAAGAACAGCUCGAACAGACUACUGGUUGCAGCCUGAAAUCAUUGUCAAAAUUGUAACAAAAAAACUUGGAGACAAGUAUCACAAGAAGAAGGCAGUUGUUAAGGAAGUAAUUGACAAAUAUACGGCAGUUGUGAAGAUGAUUGAUUCUGGAGACAAACUGAAGCUUGAUCAGACGCAUCUGGAGACUGUAAUACCAGCACCAGGCAAGAAAAUUUUGGUAUUAAAUGGUGGAUACAGAGGAAAUGAAGGCAUCUUGGAAUCUAUCAAUGAGAAGAGCUUUUCAGCAACUAUAACUAUUGACUCUGGACCUUUAAAAGGACGCCGAGUUGAAGGUAUCCAGUAUGAAGACAUUUCCAAACUCGCCUGAGGCACUAAAUAUGGAUCAGAAAUGAUUUUGGUUCUCCCAAAACAACUUUCUGGCAUCUUGCAGGCAGACACAAGACUCUACCAUGUCAGGGUUUUAACUGUGUGUGUAUAUGUAUUUAUAAUGUAUAUAGAAAUUAAUCACAAACAAACUGGGUUUAUUUAAAUAUCACUAUAAAUUUGUUACAUAAAAUGUUUGUGGAAAUCUUAUCAGUGGAAAUAUUUCAUCUGGUUCUGUAUCAAAGUUAUGUUAUAAUAUUUGAUUCAAUUUCCUUUUGUAAAAUGUAGCAGAUAGCUGCAAGCUGGAGUAUUUUAUUUAGUAACUAUGUUAGAAGUUCUGUGAAACAGAGAAUGACCUACAAACAGCUGCUUGAGGCAGGCAGUGUGUGUUGGAGCCAGUGGAGUUUAAGCAACACAUUUUUCAGUCUACAGCCAAAAUUGAGUUUUGGCUGUAGGAACAAGGGGAGGGAUUAAGAGAAUAGCAGGAAGGUAGCAGCGCUGCAGGGGAUUUUUUUCUUGGAUUUCAUAAGAAUGGUCUGGUUUAUUAAGUGCUGUCACCAACUUUAUUUUUAGUUAGCACAUCAGCUGUAGCAGAAUCCAUUUAAUCAGUCUUCUCUGUCAGCCUCUGAUCUUGUGGUCAGGCUUCCUGAUAAUACCAGUAUGCAACUUGCCUGCAUAUGGCCUCCAAAUUGGGGGGCUUCUUAGAUGCCAACCUAACUGUGUGCAGAUAUGAAAUUGGUGAUUGCUGUUUUGGCUUUCCAGAGCUUUUUCCUUUGUUCAUAUUUCUGUUGUUUCCCUGCUCUGCUACGAUGCUAAAUGAGUAAAAUUACUUUUUUACUUACUGAGAAAUGUGACAUUUUAUACAAUAUUUUAUUUUUAAGGCAGUUCAGGAAUAAACAUAAACCUCUCUCAGGUCAA